AUUUGGUGGAAAUACAUCUCAGAUUUUUUCCAUUUGAACUUAGAUCGAGGUUCUCUCUAUGUCUAUCCUUGUCUACGUUUGUUAUUUGGAUUAAUUAGUAAGAUUUACGUAAUGGAGCCCUCGAUCAGACUACGUGGAUCCUACCGAGGCGCUUUCACAAAGUUCGUUACCAAGGUACAGGAUUUUUUGACGUCGAAGGUUGAGGAUUUCGAUUUGUGUGCUGGGUUUUUGGCCCAGUUGAAAGAAAAAUAUUCUAAAAUAGAAACCAUCGACAAAGAAAUAUUAGAUAAGUUACAAAAGGAUGAGAAGUGUUCUCAACAGAUGUUGGAUGAGGAAAUUGAGGGUAUUGAGAAUUACAAUGGUACAUUCGUAGACUUGAAAACAAGACUAGAGCGCCGUUUGAAUACGUCGAAGGAGCUAGAUGAAACACGAAGUGAAAGCGAAGCCGGCUGUUCUAAGGGAAAUUUUAAGCUACCAAAGAUUGAAUUGCAAAAAUUUGAUGGCAAUUUGAAAAAUUAUCUUUCCUUUUGGGGACUAUUUAAGAAAAUACAUGAAGAUCCCAAUAUUUCGGAUUUGGAUAAAUUUCAAUAUCUUAUUCAGUCGACUCUGAAGGGCUCAAGGGCCAGGGAAGUAAUCGAAUCGUUCCCCGUAACAGCCGAGCAUUACCCUCAAGCAAUUGAGUGUUUAAAUUCGCGUUUCGGAAGAGAAGAUGUGCUCAUCGAGGUUUACGUGAGAGAACUCCUGAGUCUAGUGCUAAAUAAUGCGUUAGUGCAAGAGCACAAAUUGCCAAUUGUGAAACUUUAUGAUCGUAUCGAGACACAACUGCGAUCCCUUAAAAUGCUUGGUGUUACUACGGAUAAGUGUGCUUCAAUGCUUUAUCCUUUAGUUGAAUCUAGCUUACCGACUGAUCUCCUGAGAAUUUGGGAAAGACACCUAAAUUCGAUGCNCGUUUGCACCUUUAAAGAUGAAUAUUUGGAUGCCAUUUAUAUUAUGUGA